AUUCGACAGUCCCUGCUCUGAGAGGGAGGGACGGAGAGCGAACUGUCAGAUCCUAGCGGGAGCGGGCGCUCGAGAGAAGGAGAGAGGGAGAGAGAGAGUGAGAGAGAGAGGGAAAGUGAGACAGAGAGAAAGAGAGAGAAUCCGGGCGCAGAGCUAGCUCCGGCUGCAACUCUGCCCCGGCACGCCUGCUCCCGCGCCCGCCGUCGGGUACUCUAGGAGCGGUACAACGUGCCCACAGGAGUUGGUUGUGUAUCAAGGAUUCCCUGUAUGCACACACACAUCUCCACCUCCACCAAUGCACUCUUCUUCCUCCUCCUUCUCCAGACAACUGCCGGGGAAAAAAUAAAACAUCAACCCCAACCUUCAGCAACAAGGUAACAGAACAAUUCGACAUUUUUUUUUCCUGUUCAAUUUUUGCCUUGUUAUAUUUGUUUCCUAAUUUCUACCCAAAAGGAAAGAUGUCGCACCAGACUGUGAGUGUCGCGAGGAACAUGAAAAGGGACUCUUGUUUCAGAGACGUCCAAGAGCUCCGGCAAUAACAACUUCAGAGAAAUGCACCAUCGCAAGAAGUUUUCCUAGGACAAAACAAAACUUGAAAGAAGCGAACCAGGGGGGCAGAACAGGAGCCAGCCGCCCCACUCCGCAGACGCGAGCCGCCAGCAUCACCACGCCUGUAAGGACCGGAAAAGUUUUACUAUAGUAAGGGGAAACAGUAAGAUGUGUUGCUGAAGAUCAGGGAAGACAGCGGACCAACUAGGAGCGGCCAGAUUGCUGGCCACCCACAAUUUGGCCAAGGAAGAAAGGAACCGCUUCGUCCUUUGUUGUCUCCCGUGAAACCUUCGCUUAGCAGGUGGACAGAGCCCUGUGCCGGGCCAGAGUCCGCACUCGUCCGAGGACAGGAGGAGCCGCGGAGCCCUUGCUCCCCGAGAGAGCGCCCGAAGUACGGGUCCCCGCCCCAGUGGGCGAGCCUCGCUGGAGCCAGCCGAUCGCUCCCGGCCAGGGGGGAGACCACGACCCCCCCUGAAGGGGCUGGCCACGGAGCUCGCCCGGAGAAGCGAUCCCCCCUCCCCAGGGCGCUGCUCCUGCUGCAGCGGCGGCUGCUGCUGACCGAGGCUAGCCGGCGACCCCCGCGCCCUGCCAAGCGGCCUUGCAGCUGCAGCCCCGGGCCGCGGCGGCGGCGGCGGGGGCGGAGGCGGCGGAGGAGGAGGCGGCGGAGAAGGCGGCGGGGCCGGCGGGGACCCGGGGCGGGGGAGGAGGAGCGGGGGGGGAGGAGGCGGGAGGCGGGGGGGGCGCGGCGGCGGCGGCGGCGGCUGCGGCCGCGGCUGCUGCUGCGGCGGCGGCGGUGGUGGCGGCGGUGGGGUGGCGGGAGCGGAGCGGCAUGGCCACGGCGGCUUCUAACCCCUACCUGCCGGGGAACAGCCUGCUCACGGCCGGCUCCAUUGUGCACUCGGACGCGGCCGGGGCGGGCGGCGGCGGAGGGGGCGGCGGCGGCGGCGGCGGCGGGGCGGGGGGCGGCGGCGGCGGCAUGCAGCCGGGAAGCGCCGCCGUGACCUCGGGCGCCUACCGGGGGGACCCGUCCUCGGUCAAGAUGGUCCAGAGCGACUUCAUGCAGGGGGCCAUGGCCGCCAGCAACGGCGGCCAUAUGCUGAGCCACGCGCACCAGUGGGUCACCGCCCUGCCCCACGCUGCCGCCGCUGCCGCCGCUGCUGCCGCCGCUGCCGUGGAAGCCAGCUCACCGUGGUCGGGCAGUGCGGUGGGCAUGGCCGGCAGCCCCCAGCAGCCGCCACAGCCGCCGCCGCCGCCGCCUCAGGGCCCCGACGUGAAGGGAGGCGCUGGACGCGAAGACCUGCACGCCGGUACCGCGCUGCAUCACCGCGGACCGCCGCACCUCGGGCCCCCGCCGCCGCCCCCUCACCAAGGACACCCUGGGGGCUGGGGGGCCGCAGCCGCCGCCGCCGCUGCCGCCGCAGCCGCCGCCGCUGCCGCUCACCUCCCGUCCAUGGCGGGUGGCCAGCAGCCGCCGCCGCAGAGUCUGCUGUACUCGCAGCCCGGAGGCUUCACGGUGAACGGCAUGCUGAGCGCGCCCCCGGGGCCCGGCGGUGGCGGCGGUGGAGCGGGCGGUGGAGCCCAGAGCCUGGUUCACCCCGGGCUAGUGCGCGGGGACACGCCCGAGUUGGCGGAGCAUCAUCACCACCAUCACCACCACGCGCACCCGCACCCGCCGCACCCGCACCACGCGCAGGGACCCCCGCAUCACGGCGGCGGCGGCGCGGGGCCAGGGCUCAACAGCCACGACCCUCACUCGGACGAGGACACGCCGACGUCUGACGACCUGGAGCAGUUCGCUAAGCAGUUCAAACAGCGGCGCAUCAAGCUGGGUUUCACCCAGGCGGACGUGGGGCUGGCUCUGGGUACGCUCUAUGGCAACGUGUUCUCGCAGACCACUAUCUGCCGCUUCGAGGCCCUGCAGCUCAGUUUCAAGAACAUGUGCAAGCUCAAGCCGCUACUGAACAAGUGGCUGGAGGAGGCUGACUCGAGCACUGGCAGUCCCACCAGCAUUGACAAGAUCGCAGCGCAGGGCCGCAAGCGCAAGAAGCGGACCUCCAUCGAGGUUAGCGUCAAAGGCGCGCUGGAGAGCCACUUCCUCAAGUGCCCUAAACCCUCGGCGCAGGAAAUCACCAACUUGGCCGACAGCCUACAGCUGGAAAAGGAGGUCGUGCGGGUCUGGUUCUGCAACCGACGCCAAAAGGAAAAACGCAUGACGCCCCCUGGCAUCCAGCAGCAGACGCCGGACGAUGUCUACUCGCAGGUGGGUACCGUGAGCGCUGACACACCGCCACCGCACCACGGGCUUCAGACCAGCGUGCAGUGAAUGCCGGGGCGCAGCGCGAAGAGGGCCGCCGCCGCCGCCGCCACCUCCGCAGCCGCUGUCAGCACCGCCAUGGUCGCCGUCGCCGCCGUCUCCGAGCCGCCGCCGCCGAGAACCACCGCUGCUGCUGCUGCCGCCGCCGCCGCCGUCACCGUCGCCGCCGCCGCCGCUGCCGCCGCGCAGACCCAGCACCUGGCCAGUGCCAGGGCAUCUAGGCCUCCUCCCCUCCGCCCAAAGACAGGCGUGCCACGGCCCCAGGAGGGGGGAGGACAGCUGGAGACCGAUGAGACUCUUUCUGAAGUCCAAGAAAGGAGGGACCAAAAAAAUUUUUAAGCAUAAUAAAUACCAAGACUGUUUUAUAUGCAUAUAUAACAAACAAAACCGGAAGAGGAAAAGGGGCAACAGGGACAUCUCGUUUAUACUGUGGUGGUGUUCUGCUUCUGUUUUGAAAGAAGGGUGAAGAUGCCUAACGCACCUAAACUGCACACUUGAGGUACUGUCCACACCGAGAUGUCCUGCAUGGCGUCGUCGGUGGAGAACACCUGCCUCGGAGAUAAGAGAGAGACACCCCCCCCCUCUUUCUUCCACUUCUUCCAAAAGGGCUGCCUAAAAGAUCCAUGGAAACUUUCUUUAUGGGGAGCGACCUGAAAAGAAAGACGCACCAGGUUUCCUGCAGGUCUGACUCUGCUCUUGGACAGUGUUUUUCUUGGCCAUAUUCAAGUCUUUGGGGAACAAAUAAAUCAACUAAGAAAUGGGAAGAAGGGAGAAACAGAGUCUGGGGGGGAAGAUUCGCCGCUUCUGAAGUUCACAGACUGAACAAGAAAGCCAAAAGAAAGCAUCCUCCGCAGUAAACUUGGAAAUAAAAGCAUCGCGAAAGAGCCAAGGCUGGGUGAGGCUGAAGGGUAGGUACGUCCAGCCGCAAUCCACUAGCGGAGAGGGCACAAAAGCGGGGCCCGGGCCCAGCCUCUGAGACCGCCCACAAGGGCCAGGCCUCCACCACCAAACCCGGGCUUUGCUGACUGCCGCUCGGGGUGGACCAUGCCUAAAGAUUCCGCCGCUAAUAUUUUUUUUAUUAACAUUUUUUAUUUUUUAUUUCUGGACUGACUCCGAUAAAAGGGUGUGGAAAGACAGCACCAACCGCGCACUUCCCUUGACUUCUGCCCUCAAUGCGUUGCCAACUUUGAUUGAAUGGGUGCUGCGGAUGUGAUUAUGUAAUACUGCCAUUUCCAAGCAGUGUUUUUGGUAGGUUUUAAUAAACAGACUUUUCAAAUGACGGCAAUAUAGAAUCGUUAGAUCCGUUGUUGAUCUAAAAAUAUUUGCUUUAUAUUUUCAUUAAAUGACUUCUUUUAAUAUUUUAUUCAAAAUACUUAUGAACUGCUGCAAAACGGUAAUUUAUUUUUCCCCAGAUCUUGUAUUACGUGUUUUUUUCAGACGAGCACAAAUCAAAAUGAAAUGAAAAUAUGGACAGUUGUUAGGUAAUAAGGGUAUCUUUUGAUGUGAUCAUUUGAUUGUAAUUUAAUUUGAGUAGUGAUUCCGUAAGAGCUGAUUGAGAAAAUAAAUUUGUUAGAAUGAAA